CCGUUAGUCAUGAUCAUCAUAGCUGAGGCUUGGGUUGAGCCCUGAAUUGUACUUUUCCUCGAUAGUAAAGUAGACACGAACAUGUCCAGUAAAACAACUUAAAGUGUAGAUUUUCUCAUAUAAAUAUCAGCGGACGUAUAAAACGCAGAAUUUUGUAACAACGAUCAGAAACGCUCUUUGCAAGGGAAUUGUAAAUUACAUACUUCUCCUGCCUGGCCAAAUAAUGGAUUCAAAACUGAAACAAGUGGGAUGGUUGACGUACUGGAUUUGUUCCAUAGUAUGUGUCAAUCCGUUUAAGGUGUGUUGGGCCGAGUCGAAAAAUGGCAUGACUGGUUCUUGUGUCUGGGAAACUUUUCUAAAAUAUCCAACCUUCAGCGAGUGGCCAAUGUUCGCAUUAAUCUGUUACCUAUCCACGAUCUUUAUCAUCCUCUUGGUUAACAAUCACAAUCCAAGAUGCAAGGUGUUCGCUAACUCCACGUGCGGGAGGACGGUUCUCACGAUUUUGCUGAUUUUGUUUAACUUCUUUUGGAUAUUCCUCGCAGUUUUCAUGUUCCUGUCCCCAGUACCAAAUUACGGAGUCUCAACCCCAGAUUCGGCUUCCCUCAGCAUUAUAAUCACCUGCCUAAUUUCUAACUGCGUCAAGCUCACAACGAUUUUUGGGCUAAGCCGUACUCCAGCUCCUGGUUCAAAUGCUCAAAGUAAUUCGGUUACAAUUGCUACUUCCGUUUAGAAAGGUUGGCAAAAAGUGUGAGGAUAUUUUUUGGAAUUCAUUAAUGUGGGAGUGAAAUUUUUUUUCGUCGUUUAUAUAUUUUAUUGCUUUACAUAUGUUAAAUAAAUAUAGAAGGAGAUGAGAUUAGAUUGGUUUUAUGACUUUAUAAAAAAAUAAUGCCGCACAUCCUAGGAGAUUGAAACUACAUAUUUGCAUGUGCCUAGAUUAUUAUCAGCAAUGUAUUUAUUUAUUAAAAAUUAUAAUAUAGAAUAGUAGCCCAAGUUUUACUUAUUCCACGUUGCGGGAAAGAGGCGUGACUUCAACCCCACAUUCGAACUUAAUCUCCAAACCAGACUAGGCAUUCUCAUAAUCCAAAGUGUUACUCGUUAAUAAAAAUUGAUAAAAAUACGACAAUAAAUGCAGAACUUUGUUUUAAGCUGUAGAAUUUUUUUUACAAAUAUUUUAGAAAUUGAUAAAUAUAUAUGAAGCGAAUUACUUUCUCCAAUA